GAACAGUUUCCGUCUCCACCUCCUCCCUUGUCCCUUCAUCUUUCGCCGGACCACGAAACUCUACAGCAAAGCCAAAGAAGGUAGAGGAGUUUCACGGAUCCAUCUCCGGAGAACCAUCGUCAUUUCAUACCGGUUUUCACUGUUUCGAUUUCUGCACUUCUUUUCUGCAUCAAAGAGGAAAGCUUCUAGGGUUUUAUUUUUGGGCGUUCUUUUUCGAAGAUGAGUAUAGGGUUUUGCAAGAGGGUUUUGGUUAGAGCUCUUUGAAGCUCCCCUUCGAAGGUUGGGGUUUCAGUUUAUCGUACGAAGCCAUGGCGACGAAUACGAGCGGCAACGCCAGCACCAACCAGAUGCGGCAGCCCGGCGCUCCUGGCUCGCUGGGCAACUCGGCCAUGCCGCCCCCGCAGUCCAUGAUCCCGACGCCUUCGACGGCGGUGAACCCGCCGACGAUCCUCAAUUCGCAGCCGGCAGUCGCCCCCCCGCCCCACUUCCAGAGCCCCUUUCAGACGCAGGCUUUCGUUCAGGCUCAGGUGCAGGUGCAGUCGGCCCACCCUCAGUUCCAACCCCAGUCCCACCUGCAGAUGCAGACGCAGUCCAUCGUCCACGGCCAACCUCAGGUCCAGAAUCUCCAUUCAUCUUCUCCUACUCUAUCCACGCCGAGCUCAGCGAAUGCAAAGAGGGCCCAGCAAAAGCCGCCCGUCCGCCCCGCUGGAACGCCCACGAGCGCCAGUAUUGCUGCUGCAUUGAAGUCGGCGGAGCUCACCCCGGCCGCCCGCCGGAAGAAGCGAAAGCUUCCCGAGAAGCAGUUGCCUGACCGCGUGGCUGCGCUCUUGCCGGAAUCUGCCCUCUACACGCAGCUCCUCGAGUUCGAGAGCCGUGUAGAUGCGGCCUUGAUGAGGAAGAAAAUCGACAUUCAGGAGUCGCUCAAGAACCCGCCUUCGAUGCAGAAGACACUCCGAAUAUACAUCUUCAACACGUACGCCAACCAGAACAAGGCUCCUCAUGAGCGCGGGCCUGGGGAGACGCCAUCGUGGUCGCUAAAGAUAGUUGGGAGGAUUCUGGAGGAUGGUUCUGAACCGGAGCCAGCGGGUGGCAUUCCAAAGCCGAAUCAUUCGUUCCCGAAAUUUUCUGCAUUUUUCAAGAGAAUCACAGUUACCUUGGACCCGACUAUGUACCCUGAGAACCCAACAAUUGUGUGGGAAAAUGCUCGCUCGCCGGUCCAGCACGAAGGUUUCGAAAUUAAGCGAAUUGGGGACAAAGAAUUCACAGCCGGUAUUCGUCUCGAGAUGAAUUACGUGCCAGAGAAGUUCAAAUUGUCACCGGCACUAAUGGAGGUUCUGGGGAUUGAAGUCGACACCCGUCCGAGAAUUCUAGCUGCUAUAUGGCACUAUGUGAAGGCCAGGAAGCUGCAGAAUCCAGCAGAUCCCUCUUUCUUCAUCUGCGAUCCACCGCUCCGAAAGGUCUUCAAUGAAGAGAAAAUGAAAUUCACUGCAGUAUCACAUAAGAUAUCUCCUCAUUUAUCUCCUCCUCAAGCUAUACAAUUGGAACACAGGAUCAGGUUGUCUGGUGAAAUGCCAGUGGGCAGCGUAGCUUACGACGUUCUGGUGGACGUCCCCUUCCCUCUGCAGAAGGAGAUGGCUGCCUUUCUGGCGAAUACGGAGAAGCAUAAAGAGAUUGAAGCGUGUGACGAGGCCAUUUCUUCUGCAAUCAAGAGGAUCCAUGAGCACCGGAAGAGGAGGGCAUUCUUUUUGGGAUUUAGCCAGUCGCCUGUGGAGUUUAUCAAUGCCCUUAUUGCAUCGCAGAGUAAGGACUUGAAGCUGGUCGCCGGAGAAGCAAGUAGGAAUGCCGAAAAGGAGCGGCGUGCAGAAUUCUAUAAUCAACCAUGGGUUGAGGAUGCUGUCAUUCGCUAUUUGAAUCGUAAGCCUGCUGGUGGAAGUGAUGCACCGGGAGCCACAUGAUAAAAGUUGCAGAGGAGUCAUCCCGUAAGGCUCAGCACACCUGGCUGGGGUGGACUGUCUAGGGCCAUUCAAAUUGACGGUCAUCAACAGUCCAAAACUGAAGCGUGCAUCCUUGGGUGCAAGACUAGAGCAAUGAAGUGGUUUUGUAGUUUAUGAGGGAGGGAGCAGUCAAUUUGGACAAACGUGAGGGGAUGGUUGUGAAUCCAUGCAUUUAUCGUGCAUGUUGUUGGCUUUGUUGCCCCCAUAAAAUGGCCACUCGAAGGAAGUUUUGCACGUGGAUUGUUUACUCAUUUCCACUCUGUCCACCAACUUGGGCAAGAAGUGAUAGCAAACAGCAGUGUUAGAGCCAAAAAUUGAUUUAGUUAUUUUCUUGUAUAUUAUGUAUCCUUGUCAUGGUAAAAAUGGGGUGGCAAUAUUGGCAAAAUUCCAUGUAUGUUGUUUUCAAGGAGUGUACAUCCUCUUUCUGGUGCAUUUGAUCAGUCUUUCCGUGCAUUUCAUCAGUCAAUGGUGCAAACUUUAAAUUUUAUGACAUGCCCUUUGGUUGUUUUUACUUGUAGAGAUUAACUGUGAAUGAAGAUUCAUUUGGAC